AUGAAUUGUAUUUGUGAUUGCACCGGAAAAUCGGUCAGAAAUCUAGAAAACGCGAUGCAGAACUUGCUAGAUCGUGGGCAACAAGUUAAUGAGAUUUUGGAGAAUCAGAAGAGGAAAGAAGUAGUGCCAAUGAGGAGCGAUACUACGGUAUGAUUCAUAACAUAACAGAAUCCACACAAUUUUUUUCAUUUCCAGAUGAUGACUAAAAUACCUGCACCUUCACCAAUCAAUGUCCCAAUAACUAAGAAACCUGGAAGUCUCUAUAACAAAAAUGUGAGCUUCCUCUCCUCUCCUCGACUUCCUGUUUUUUUUUCGAAAAUCUUGAUUUCAGACAAAGCACGGUGAAAAUAUUGAUUUUGAGAUUCCAUCCUUAACUGAAGAAAAAUCAAUAACUCCAGUCAAAUCUUCAUCAAAACCUAGAAGUUUCUUGUUCAACAAAAAUGUGAGAUUCAUUUUUUUUCAAUUUUAGAUUUUGAGUUUCACAAUAAGUUUUUCAGACGAAGACUGCUGAAACUGUAGAUUUUGAGAUUCCAUUGCUGCUUAAGGAAAAAUCGACUACAAAAGUGAACUCCAAGAUCUCGGGCAUAACUUUGAAUGAUAGUUAUAAUGUCGAAAUCGACGGAAAUACUCGAAAUCUCCCUUCGAAAAUUGAAAUUUCCCAAGGCAAAAAGAAAUCUCUCAAUGUUUGUUAUCAAUUUUUGGAUGCGUGUGGGAAUAUUUUGAUGAAGCUGAACUUCAAUCUGAAAAGUGGAGAAGUUCGAAAUCUCAAACUCGAUGGAAAGAAAUACAAAAAUUGA